AUGGGUGUAGUUGAGCUCCUUUUCACACCGUAUGCCCUCUUGGCCAUACCAGUCCUCUUCUACCUCUUGCCAUACCUACGAAACUGGUCCAUUCGCGAUAUCCCCUCGCCCUUCCCCGCCGCCUUCACCAACCUAUGGCUCAUGUACCAAUGCCGACGAGGUAUACGAUACCUCGCUGUCGACCAAGCACACAAGACGUACGGCAAAUUCGUCCGCAUCCAGCCCCACCACGUCUCAAUUGCAGACCCGGACGCCAUCCCCAUCGUCUACGGCCACGGCACUGGCUUCCUCAAGAGCGAGUACUACGACGCCUUUGUCAGCAUCCAACGCGGUCUCUUCAACACACGCGACCGAGCCGAGCACACCAGAAAGAGAAAGACCGUCUCCCACACCUUUAGCGCAAAGAGCAUUGGCCAGUUCGAACAGUACAUGCACCACAACCUCGAGUUGCUCGUCGAGAAAUGGAACAAGAUGGCCAAACAGGCCAAUGGUGGUUACGCCAAGAUGGACGCCUUGAACUGGUUCAACUACACUGCCUUCGACAUUAUCGGAGACUUGGCUUUCGGUGCUCCCUUUGGCAUGCUCGAGAAGGAGGCCGACAUUGCCGAGAUCCGCGAGUCGCCUGAUGCUCCUCCCAAGUACGCUCCUGCCAUUGAGGUCCUGAACCGCAGAGGUGAGGUUUCGGGCACUAUUGGCUGCUGGCCUUGGAUCAAGCCCUAUGCUGCUUACCUCCCCGAUCCUUUCUUCACCAAAGGUGUUCAGGCUGUCCAGAACCUCGCCGGUAUCGCCGUCGCACGCGUCAAGCAACGUCUGGACAAUGCCGAGAGCGUCGACCGUGUAGACCUCCUGGCUCGCUUGAUGGAAGGCAAAGAUGAACAUGGCAACAAGCUCGGCCGUCAGGAAUUGACCGCCGAGGCACUGACCCAACUCAUUGCUGGCAGCGACACCACUUCAAACACUUCAUGCGCUCUUCUAUACCACUGUCUUGCAAACCCCAGUGUAGUCAAGAAGCUACAACAAGAACUCGAUGCCGCCAUCCCUGCCGGCACUGAAGUCCCUGUAUUCGAACAAGUUCGCGAUCUGCCUUACAUGGAUGCUGUCAUCAAAGAGACCAUGCGUAUCCACAGCACUUCCUCCCUGGGCCUGCCCCGUGUAGUCCCUGCAGGAGGUGCAGAAGUCUGCGGCAGGCAUUUCCCUGCCGAAACAGUCCUCAGCGUUCCUGCGUAUACCAUGCACCAUAGCAAGGAGAUCUGGGGCCCCGAUGCCGAUGACUUUAAGCCUGAGAGAUGGGAGAAGGUGACUGAAGCUCAAAAAGCAGCCUUUAUCCCAUUCAGCUAUGGCCCUCGUGCCUGUGUUGGCCGCAACGUUGCAGAGAUGGAACUGGCCUUGAUCGUCGCGACUGUCUUCCACAACUAUGACUUUGAACUCUACCAAAAGACACUCGAGACCAGAGAGGGUUUCUUGAGGAAGCCGCUCGAAUGCUGGGUUGGUAUGAAGAGAAGAGCUACCGCCUGA